GAAGAACUUCCGGUUCACGAUCGGACAAAAGCCUGUCUCUGCUGUUCUCAAAGCUGGAGAUAAUCCGUUGCUGUUGAGCUCGAGUGGAGUCAAGAUGCCUCGAGUGUACAUCGGCCGUCUGAGCUAUAAUGUCCGCGAGAAAGACAUCCAGCGGUUCUUCGGAGGCUAUGGGAAGCUCCUGGAGGUGGAUCUGAAGAACGGGUACGGCUUCGUUGAGUUCGAGGACACCCAUGAUGCAGACGACGCCGUGUAUGAGCUGAACGGUAAAGAGCUGUGUGGAGAGCGGGUGAUGGUGGAGCACGCCCGGGGUCCUCGCCGGGACCGCGACAGCUAUGGAGGAGGAGGAGGAGGAGGAGGGGGUUAUUAUGGUGGAGGUGGAGGUGGUGGAGGAGGACGCAGCAGUGGUUACAGCAGCAGAAGUCGCCCUGGAAGGGACAAGUAUGGCCCUCCUGUUCGCACUGAGUACCGUCUCAUUGUGGAGAAUCUGUCUAGUCGCUGCAGUUGGCAAGACCUCAAGGAUUUCAUGCGACAGGCAGGUGAGGUGACCUACGCAGAUGCCCAUAAGGAGCGAGCCAAUGAGGGCGUGAUUGAGUUCCGCUCCUACUCUGACAUGCGGAGAGCUGUGGAGAAACUGGAUGGAACAGACAUCAAUGGCAGGAAGAUUCGUCUUGUUGAAGACAAGCAGCGCCGUCGUCGCUCCUACUCUGGCAGCCGCUCUCGUUCUCGUAGCCGGCGUCGUUCUCGUAGUAGGAGUCGCCGUAGCAGCCGUUCUCGGAGCAACUCGAGAUCUCGCUCAAGGUCUCGCUCUCGCCGGCACCGCUCCCGUUCCAGGUCGGGACACCGGUCCCGCUCCAAAUCUCCAUCGAGCAAGUCUCGCUCGCGCAACCGUAAAUCCCGUUCUCGCUCCCGCACACACAAGUCUCGCAGUCGAUCAACCAGUCGCAAGUCUCGCUCCCGCUCUGACGAGCGCAAGUCCCGCUCUAAGAGCACUUCUAAAGUGAAGUCGGAUCGUGGACGCUCCAAGGAGAAAUCGGUCAGCAGGAAAUCUAGGAGUAGAUCGGCUUCACCGAUGGAGAAUGGCGACGGGGAUCGCGCCAAGUCUGCUUCUCGCUCUCCAUCACCUCAUGCUGAGAAGAGCCCGGGCAAGUCUCCAGACAGGCAUUCACGCUCUCGCUCUAAGUCUGUCUCACGCUCUAAAUCUGGCUCUCGCUCCAAGUCUGGCUCACGCUCUAAAUCCCGCUCCAAAUCCCGCUCCCGUUCCAGAUCUGCAUCCCAAGAUUAGUAUUAAGUGUGGUCUGAAUUUUUUUUUUUUUUUUUUUUUUCACCCUUCUUACGAGUCCAGCUGUCCAGGAUAGUUUUCUAAUGGUCAUGAUGGGAUCCAGGUCCAAGGCAUUUCGUGUUUUAUUUACCCUUCUAUAGUAAAAGUGAAUCACCACUUCAAUUUUAUAUUCAUAACAAUAGCAUGAAAAUAAGUGAUUUAAUUUUGUGUGCUGCAUGUCAGUCAUUUUUAUAAGCCAUGAUCCUCUGUGGUGUGUGGCUGGAAGAGUCGUCUUGGGAAGGAAACGAAAAGCCACUGUAUCUUUUGGCUUGUAAAACUAUUAUCUGAAAAAUCUGGGCCUUGAUUUCUUCAUGUAAUAGUUUGUUGAAAACUGUCUGAUUUUGUUUUAUUAAAAUCCAGUCUAUUUA